AUGAAUAGAUUAUUUGGGACUCAUUCAAAUACAUUUAAGCCAAAUAUUAAUGAUGUUAUUUCAUCAACAGAACAACAGAUACAAAAUAUAGAAAAAAAAAUAGAUAAAUAUACAACAGAACUUGUAAAACUUCGGCAGAAAUUAAAGAGCUGCUCUUCUGGAUCAUCACGUAUAUUGAAGAGCCAGGCAUUGACUUUACUUCAUCAGAAAAAAAUAUAUGAGCAACAGAAAAUGAAUCUUCAACAACAACUACUUAAUAUGGAGCAAACUGUUUUAGCAGCGGAUCAGAUUAAGAAUACAGCAGCUAUUAUAACAGUUAUGAAAAGUACAAAUAAAACGUUUCAAGGACAACGAUUCAAACUUAACGAAAUUGAAAAAAUUCAGGAUAAUAUGGAAGAUUUGUUAAAUGAAGUAGAUCAGGCUAAUUGUUUGCUUGCUCGGUCUUAUGAUUUAAAUCAAGUGGAUGAAACAGAGCUGGAAGCGGAAUUUGAAGCCCUUGAGGAAAUAGAUUUAGAAAUCGAAAAUGGAAUUCCAAGUUAUUUAGAAGGAAUUGAAGAAUUAAAUGAAAAUGAAGAUAAAAUAGAACAGGACGAAGUUACAGGAUUAAAAGAAGUUAAUUAUGUUUGA